AAGCAUUCAGCUGCAUGCGUUCUCAGCAGCAGAAGCAGCUUCAGUGACUAACAGACUAACCACAGAAAAGGCAAUCCUGAUCAGACCAAAGGGCAUCAUCCUGUUUGAAGCUGACGUGCUAGUACUGAGAAGUAAAACCAGCAGUUUAUGAAAACGAUAGUUUAUUUCGAAUGUAGAUGCACGAAGAGUGAAUAAGAGUGUUCCUCAUCCUUGGCCACAAUGUCUUCUCAUUUCUUCCUGGACUGGAUCCUUCUGAUCUGGCUUACAGGCCCCACAGUGUCGGGACUGCUGGUGAAGGGAGAGGUUGGUCAGAAUGUCACCGUGCCCUGCUUUUACAGGGUUAAGACAGAAUACGACAUCACCUCAAUGUGCUGGGGCCGGGACGCCUGCCCCGCUUCCAAAUGUUCUCAACCCAUUAUCUGGACAGAUGGGCGGAAGGUGACAGAGAGGCAUCACACGAAGUAUGUGCUGAAAGGGGACCUGCUGAAGGGCAACGUGUCCCUCACCAUCCUGAAUGCCCAGGAAACAGACAGUGGGACGUACUGCUGCCGUGUGGAGAUCCCAGGGUGGUUCAACGAUGAGACAACCAACCUCCAGGUGGUGGUUGAGAGAGCUAGGGUCUCUACUGCAAGUCCUCUCACUCACACCUCUCCACCGACCUCAGCUCCUGGGAGUGCCAGUGAAGAAUCCUUUACUGUCAGCACGUGGCCACCAGUUUCUGUUUCGGAAGCUCCUGAGACUGCCUCUGGUUCCUACUCAAGCACCUCAGACUACCCAGAAGUAACCUCAAGCCUGCAGAAUUCAUCCAUAUCAACUCAUAGUCAGCAGUAUUCAGAAAAGACUGUUUACCUCAGAACUGGAUUGUGUGUGGCGUUUCUGGUCAUCCUUGUUGUGGGUCUGUUCCUCGGUAGACGAUAUUUACGCAAUAUGAAGAAACUGAGUAAGUUUGCAAGCUCUGUUGCAUUUUGGAGAACAGAACGUGCUGGGAACCAAAGUGCCCUGGAAGUUGAGAUCCACGCAGAGGAAAACAUUUACACAAUACACUAAGGACUGUAUGCGUGCUCACCUUUGUCAUCUCUGGGACUUUAAAUAUUUUCCAAAAAUGAUAGCUGCUCCCUCUGCUCUGCAGCUAAGUGUGUCUGGACUACUAAAGCAUCACUCAUAUCAUUCUAGUAAAGCAAAUAAAAGCUACAAUUCUAAUUAAAAACUUUUAUCAGCUUGUUCCAGAAACAGAAACCCAACUGGCUUGAAUGGAAAUUUCCAGAUUCCAUUUAUCAAACCAUUAGGAAAGUUACCACAGACAAGGAGAAUGGCUUUAAACUGAAAGAGGGGAGAUUUAGGUGAGAUGUUAGGAAGAAAUUCUUUACUCAGAGGGGGGUGAGGCCACGCCACUGCUGCCCAGAGCUGUGGGUGCCCCAUCCCUGGAGAUGCUAAGAGCCAGGUGUGAUGGGGCCCUGGGCAGCCUGAGCUGGUGAGCAUCAGCCAGCACACAGCAGGGGAUGGGACUGGAUGGGCUUUAAAGUCCCCCUCCAACAUAAGCCAUUCUAAGAUACAGUCUGCUUCAGAUUCUCUCUUACUUUCAGAAAAAAGGAAGUGGCAGGAUGACUCUUCAAUCACAAAAGGAAAACCACCCACAAUCUUAAAAUUGUCUCUACUGCGUAUUGUAUCUACUAGCUACAAAACAGUCAUCUGAGGGAGGGAGCAACCUUAUAGCUGCUUCGACACAGGCAACAGAUGGAAAACCUUGCUAGUAAUCUUAUGUCAAAACACUUUUCAUUAUUUUUUUCUUGAAGCUGGGCAUGCCCAUUACUGAUAGCAGCUUGGUUACACAGUGUGCUGGUUCCUGCCCACUCGUGGUUAAAGCUGGAGGGGCUGCUGGUGCUCACCCCCUCGUGGGGGUAUUGUUGGAGCUUACGGAAUACUCACACCUUGCUUUCAGAGAACUGUGACUAAGUGCAUUUUCCUCUACAAAAUGCGUCAAUUUCUUGCUGUGGCUUUCUCCUUGGGCCCUUGUAUGCCCUGAGAUGUUCUCAGGGUGGAAAAUUUCUUUUCCAGGUCUCUAAAGCAACCAGGCAAAUGAAACUACUCUGUAGUUUUCUGCUCCUUCAGGCAGGAGAGCGACCAGCUCUCACUGAGUGGAUGCAAAUUACACCCUGCAGCUCAGCCCACAGUGCAAUUCCUAAAGCACACGCUGCCAUAAAGGACAGCAGGCUUAGAGCUACCUUUGUCAUUAGGAUCAUUUUCAAAGGAGCCGUGCAUAGAACAAAGCUAUGUCAAUCAUUGAGGCAUAAAGGAGCAAUAAUAGAAUCAGUAGGUGUUAUGUUAACAGCUGAGACACUUGGACAUGGUCUGGUUGUGUUGUUAUGGGGAGCUGAGGUCAGUGGAGCAGCUAUACCUCCUGUCCUCAGUUGGUAACCAGCUCUGCCAUUCAGUUUCUUCAUGUCAUGUGCUGCCUUGUAUAAGAACAUACUGAGACUAGAACGGUUCUGUUAGUUUAAGAUUGUAUUUAUUUGUUUGACUAUUAGCAAUAACUACUGAACUAGAAUCAGUGGUCUCUCUGUAGACAUUGCUUUGUCUGGUUGGCUGACAGGUCACUGCUGUGGGCUACGGCCCAUAACCAGAGCUGGUUAGAGCUGGCCCAAAAUCAGAGCUGGAAGUCUGACCUGAUCUCUGAACCAGAGCUCAGAAAACGUCUUCAGCAAUUUUGGCUUCCUGCAGCUUUUGCCAAACAAAUAAUCUUUACAGGGAUUCAGACAAGAAGUGAGGGGUUUCCAAAACCAGCUGAUUCCAACCACUUGUGCUUUUAAGGAGCCUGAGGACUGCUGAUAAUGAAAGGUGCUUGCCCAGUGGGGCUUUUUUCCUUAGUAUUACAGGCAAAUUCAGACUAAUUUUUUUAUCAGAGAGUUUUUAUGCAAAAUUACGUCCACUCAUGUGAGUGCAUCUUGGAAUAGGUAUUUCAAAAUGAUCCCCAGUGUUGUGCAGGUGGCACUUGAGCCUAUUCACCCAUUAAGAGGUUUUCCAGCUGCACACAGCUGGCAGCCUAUUGAGCCUGAUAAAGCCAACAAGCUGCAGAGCACUCAGCCUUUCCUUUUCUGCCUGCAAGAAGCCACUAGAUAGCAGUAUAGAUACAGAAAGCAAGGCACAUUUUUCUAGUUCUUCCCAGCAUACUUGAAUCUGAUGGAUUCUGGAUGGCCUUUUUCAAUGCCUCGUUUUGGUAAAGAAGUAAAGCUGAAUGAUGCUAUGUUUCUCUGUUCCUUCCCUAGUUGCUUAGAACAGGCUGACUAAUUCUGAUUUGAGAAACUUCAUUGAAAGUGGUAGAUAGAUAAUGACCCAAAUUAAUGUCCCAGGUGGGAUUCCGCUGCUCCUUGCAUUGGCAUCAGCUGAGCAUUGGCUCAUGAUCACCGUGUGAUGGUAGUGAUAGGAGAGGAAGGAGGAACUAGGACCUGCUGUAGAGGAAAAGCAUCUGGGAUAUUGGAUGCGUUAGGUUUCAUAAGAUCUUUUCUUCACAGAACAGCUGGAGUCAUUCUUACUUGGCAUUGUAUGAAUUGUACCUGGUAGAAUACUGUCAGUUAGGUAUUUUACUGAUUGAUGGUUAAGGUGCCUUAUAAUAUUGACUGUAGGACACUACUGUUGUGUCUAUUCCUACUGAUUGCUGUUAUGCUACACUGAAGCAUCCCUUCAGAAUAAACUCAGAAGAGUUCUUUGA